UCUCGAUUGCCCGCCACCACCCGAUCCCUUCAUCCUCUGCACGCAGGAAGACGUCACGCCGCCGCAGCCCCUCCUCACCUCGCUGCUAGAUCGGUAUUGAGAUCUACAGGCCAUAGGUGAGCCCCGAUGGAGAUGCCAGGCCGUUACCUUAGGCGGACGAGCCCCGUGCACAGGAUUCGCGCCCGGUAGGUGCGGAUGAGCGUCGCCCGGUGGCUGUCCCGGAGGCGACAUUGCCUAUCCCCAUCCCCUGCCACAUGCGUUCUGAUCACACUUGUGUGAAGAAAUUGCAGUUGAUGUCUGUAACUAAUACUCACCUUAAUUUCUUCAGACACCUCGCCUUUUCCCGAUCUCUUAGCCCGUUCACCUCCGUAGGAAGAACUGGAUUGAUGCUCCUCUAUCUUGUUCACAAUUUCCCAUUCUUGAAUUGCAAUAUGUUUGGCUUCAACGUUUGAGCCCAAAUUUUUGCUUCAAACAAGUCACUCAGGUCCUGUGCAAUGUGUUUCCAAACAUGCCAGGUUGUUCAUGUCGAAGAGGUUCUUGACUACAUCAGCCUCUUCCCAGAUUACAGGCCUGGGACCGGGAGCAUCUUUUACCUUGCAAGAAAAUAUGAUGAAACACCUCAACCAUCUUGUGCACGCGGUGAGCCCGCCGUGCGAGGCAACGGGCACAGGAGGCGACGGCGGCCCUUGCGGCGGGUGGACGUUUGCGAGGCGGAGUCGCAUUCUCCGACGCCCGAAAUGGUGCACCAGUGCGACCGUUGCAAUCGUGAUGUGGUGGACGUCGGCUCGUCCCAAGAUGGAUCCAUCAUCGAUCUCACAUUCACCGGCAUCGUUAGGGUUACGGGCUCUAACAAGGAAGAUUAGGUCAUAAAAGACGGCGGCAUCUCUCGAGUCCCGUGAGCCGGCUCGUGUCUCAUGUCCAACUGGCAACCGCACCAACACUUUGAGGAGUACAGCAGACCGUUGGGUAUGGACACGAAGAAGUCGGACGAACUCUGCUUAAUAUUUGGUUUAUGUUGCAUAUAAUAGUAUGGAUUUUAGGUUUCUAAUUUAAUGUUAUAGUAUGAAUUAUUUGAGACUUAAAUACUUGUCACUCAAAUUAAUGUAUAGAUACGCCAUUUGAGCGACAUAUAUUUCCAGACUGAGGAAGUAUGUGAUUGAUAGUCUAGUGAUGUUGUGACUAA